UUUUAGUCCGAGUGAAUUUUUGUGUUGUUUUGAGUGUAAUGUAGUUUUGCUCAGAAACUGAUGGCGGUAUGGGGGACGUUGACCUGUAUGUAGCCGAAAUGUACGAUGUUUCUAAGCGUCUCGGAAAAGGUGCAUAUGGGAUAGUAUGGAAAGCAGUUGAUAAAGUCAACAGGAAGACUGUUGCUGUGAAGAAAAUCUAUGAUGCAUUUAGAAAUAGGACAGAUGCUCAGCGUACAUUCCGGGAAAUAUGGUAUUUGCAAGAAUUCCAGAAUCAUCCUAAUAUUAUAUCACUUUUAAAAGUUGUGAAGGCCAAAAACAAUAAAGAUAUUUAUUUAAUAUUUGAUUUUAUGGAAACUGAUCUUCAUCAGAUGAUAAAAAAGGGAACACUGAAAGAGGAAUGGAAACAUGGUUUUAUCAUUUAUCAGUUGCUUUCAGCUAUUGCAUAUAUACAUUCUGCAAAUGUUAUUCAUAGAGAUAUUAAACCGUCUAAUAUACUCAUGAAUAAUAGGUGUGAACUGAAGCUGGCUGACUUUGGUUUAGCACGUUCUCUAGAACAGAGUGGUGAAUAUGCCUCUGACCCUACUUUAACAGAAUAUGUUGCUACCCGAUGGUAUAGAGCUCCAGAAAUCCUCCUUGGCUCUAAACAUUAUACAAAAGGUGUUGAUGUUUGGAGUGUUGGUUGCAUAAUGGGGGAAAUUAUUGGUGGGAAGCCUCUUUUUCCAGGAACUUCAACUCUUAAUCAGGUUGAAAGAAUAAUGGCUGCUUUGCCUCAUCCUUCUCAGGCAGAUAUUGACAGUUUAUGUAGUGGUUAUGCUGCUUUUGUAUUGGGGAGAGCUGCAAACAAGCCUAAACGCCUUUUAAAGAAUGUUCUCCAUAAUUGUUCUAAUGAUGCUCAAGAUUUGCUUUCAAAGCUGCUUACAUUGAAUCCAAACCACAGACUUACAGCGAAAGAUAGUUUGUAUCACCCUUAUUUUUCUCGGUAUCAUGGUCAGGAAAUACCCUCUCAGCUUGAUAAAGCUGUUCCUCCGUUAUGUGAUGACACAAAACUCUCUGUGGACCAUUACAGAGAUAAGUUAUAUGAGAUGAUUAGUGAAAAAGCUGAAAGAAGAGAAAUGUCACCUAUACCCCCAAUACAAAUGACUUCAUUUGCAGAGAAAAGGAAUGAGAAGAGAAUAAUUAUUAAGCAGCGUACGUUUGAAGAUAUUCCUACAAUUGAUGAGAGAAAAGAAGCUCUUUUGAGAAGUCAGAUAGCUAAAAAGCAACCAAUGGCUCCAAUGGCUAGGAAGACUUUGACACCACCUUUUCUGUCAGAGCGUGGAAAAUUUAGCUUAGGCUUCCGACAUCCAGUUGUUCUUCGAGGACAAAGCAGUAAUGCAGUGGCUCCAACUUCAGAUGAAGUACCUGAAGGAAAAAUAUCUGAAAAAAAAUUUGGCCGACGUCAGUUUGGUAAUCUUGCUAAUCAUUCCGUUUGCAGCUCUGCAAAAGCAGCUCUUCAGAAUUAUAGUCAAGAUUUAACUUAUGGGACAAUUACAGUUACUGCACUUCAGGCUCUCAAAGAGAGACGAUGGUGAAAUUUAUCUACUCUUUUCUACUUCUCACAGUUCUGUUUCUUCACUGUAAUAAAAUACUUUAUUUUAGUGUAAACCGUUCUCCACAGAAAAGAUGCAUUUCUUUUAAUUAGAUACCUUGGAAAUUUGUCUUCAUUUCUAAACUGUUAUGUUGCUUUAUCAUAAAACUUUUCUGCUGCCAUAUGUGUUAGGACAUCUAAAGAUUUUCUUUGCACAAAAUUUUAAAAAGUAAUAUAUUAAAAAAAAUUAAAUGAUCUAUUUUAUUUUAAAUAGUUCAUGAAUGAAUUCAUUUUAUUUGAUGUCAGAUUACAAAAAUGGAAUUCUUUAAAAGUUAUAAUUACUUUAAAAUUUGUAACUGGAUGAUUAUAUGUGGGUUUCCAAGUUGUAAGAAUAUUAAGAAGCAUUCUCGAAUGUCUCAGCUAGAGCUCUCAUUAGACAAGUUAUAGGAUAGGAAAAGUAAUAAUUUGAAGUCCAGAAUAUUGUGUUAGCUGCAAAUCUGGAUUUCUUAUUUUUAAUAAUAAUCUAAAUUUAUCAUUUAGAAAAAUAUUUGUCUAAUUUAUGACUUAAAAUGGGAUAAUGAUGUAAGGAGUUAAUUAUACAUUCCGAUUCUUUAAGUUAAUAAUAUAACUUUGUUUUAAAAUUUUGGGCAAAACUGGAAGAAAAAUUACAUCAAUAUUUUUUAUACAAAUGUUUUUUAGCCUUUUGAUGUGAAUUUAAUAUAUAUAUAUAUUUCUAUAAUAUUUUAAAGAAAUUUAGAUCUAUUUCUUGCAUUAUUGCAAUGUAAACGAUCAUUAGCAUUGUUGCACACUUUUCUCCCAUAUGUUUCUCUAUCUACUUGUGUGAAAUUGAAACCACUGGAAUUUGUGACUAGAUUAGAUGGCAAUUUUUAUAGUAUUUAAUUAAGCUAAUGAAGAUAAACUGUCCAAUAACAAAAGGCUAUGAAAUAUAUUUCGCACCUUAUUUUUUUGCAAAUAUUCAUGUAUAAAUUUAGAAAACAUUUUGUUUUUAUGUAAAAAAUGGGGCAUAGUGUUUCUCAACCAGUAUAUUUUGAUGCCCUAUAAAGUGCAUCAUAGAAGUUUUGAAAUUAAAGACAUAUUUUAAAUUAUAUGUUUUAAAAUUUUGCUCUCAUUUUUAGAAUCGUAUUUGUGCAAAUCAAUAUUUUUUAUGGUGAGCUGAAAAUCUAAGACUAAUGCAUUUUUAGGAUGAUUUAUAUGUGGGUUUCUAAGUUGUAAGAAUAUUAAGAAGCAUUCUCGAAUGUCUCAGCUAGAACUCUCAUUAGACAAGUUAUAGAAUAGGAAAAGUAAUAAUUUGAAGUCCAGAAUAUUGUGUUAUGAUAUCUUGAAUUACUGACUGAAAAAGGUUGAGAAUUGCUGAAUUAUAAAGUUGUAGUGUAACUAGUAGUUUUUCAGAAUCAUGAACAUAUCGCAUUAUUCAUCAUAUUAAACUAUAAUAUCUUAGUCGUAUUAAAAAAAAACAAUUUCUUUAAUGAAUAAUUACUAAAAAUUUUCAAAAAUAUGUCCUAUUGUGAUGUAUAUUAUAUUAUCUGUUUAAUGUGCAUAAAAUUUUAAAGAGAAAACUUUUAGUAAUAAUGUAAAUAAACACUGGCAUAAAUAAUUUCAUAAUUUUUUUCAUAUGAAGAGCCAUGCAUUGAAAGUUUUUUAUAAUGAUCUUUUUGUAUGAUUACUUGAAGCUGACUUAUUUUGGAGUUAAAUGUAGCAAGUAAAGGAUACAGAACAGAAAAGAAAUGUAUUAUUUCUUAGUAUUUAUUGAUUAACAGACAUUUUCUCUGCAUGUUUUAAAAUAUUAUUUGAUUAUCGGUUUGCAAGUUUUCAUCUAAUUAUUUAUGCAUAUCUUUUAUGAAGGUGUUAUUUAUUUGAAUCAGUUUCCAUUUCAUCAAAUCAUAUACAAAUUUCCUGAAGUGUUUUAACUUUAGGUGAGAGAUCAAAUAUUGCUAGUCAUGUCAUUAUAUUUCAAAUUUUUAUUCUUUAUAUCUUUGAACAGUGCCAUAUCCUUUUAAAAAUAUUGAAAUUUAUGAUGCAUCCAUCAACCUCCAAAAUUAUGCUUAAAUAUCUGUGUUUUGUGUAUUUUCCUGUGUAUAUGCUGUAUGAAACUGUUAUUACACAGCACAAUUUUUAUUGAUGGCAAUGCAAGAAAUACUUAUCCUAUUUUUAAAUUCUAGUCAUCAGAUAUUAGUAUUUUUAUGCAAAACUGUGUAUAUUUUUAUUUUAAGAUAAAUUGCAAUAUUCAGAGAGAAGAGAAUUCUUUUGCUUCUGGCAAAGAGGGACCUGUAUCUGUUCACUCUUGAAACUGAUACAAUUAAAUUUGUACCAAACACAA